AUGGCAACAACUCACGGGCAGAUUGAGGCAACAGCCACUGGAUGGUCUCGAGAAGAGGUCUUGCAGCGCAUCGCCGACUUGGCCGCCGAGUUCUUGGACUGCUUGUCGGACGGCAAGGUGCUCGAUCUUGAGGCUUUGAAGCGGAACUCGUCUGCGAUGAAGUACGACCACGAGACAAAGCAGCAGUUUCACGGCAAUGAGACGCGUCUGAUCAAGCUGAACCGACAAGGCGGCAGGCGAUACACGGGGAUCUGGCUGAUCUUGCAGACGGUGCAUGCGCUGCUGACCGAGCACAAGACAGCAACCCAGCGAGAUGUUUACUAUUUGCACCCGUUCUUUAGAGGCCAGAGUGAAGCUGACGAAGCCAUUCUAGAUGCCGGCAGCAUUUUGGGCGUGCCACGAGGAUGCAUGAAUAUUGUCGGUGCAUCUAAAGGGUGCUUCACUGGUGACAUUAGCCUUAUCAGAGAUAAUCAAUGGAGGUACUUUGGCAGUGGAGAAGAGGUUUCCAUUACUCAAGAGCUGUUGCAGCUCAAGCCUAGCGAGAUGCACAGUAACGCAAAGUGCAUUAUUGUUAUCGAGAAAGAUGGGAUCUUCAAUCGAUUAAGGGAGGACAAGUUUUUUGUGGCGGUCCCUAGCAUCUUGAUCACUGGCCGUGGAUUUCCAGAUCUAGCUACAAGAAUGUUCGUGAGUCAAUUGAGCAAGACUUUCGACAUCCCGGUUCUCGGUCUUUGCGACUGCAAUCCGUUUGGCCUCUCAAUCAUGCUAACAUACAAGCUAGGGUCUGCUCGGAUGCCCUUAGAAUCACUGCAAUACGCUGUAGAUGUUAAGUGGGUCGGUCUCCGUCCGUCACAAGCUACGAGCUUGGGCUUGCCGUUGUCGUCCCUGAAAGCGCUGACACGUAAGGAUACAGCUGUAGCGGAAUCCUUACUGCGUGCAAGCUUUGUUCAGGCUACUGAAGCUUACAAGGAAGAAGUCCAAAUGUGGCUUGGGGAUACCCUGCCAUGGAAAAUCGAGCUCGAAGCUCUUUACAUUUUCGGUUUUACGUAUCUGACUUCCUUCCUUCGAGACUGCAUCCAGAACAGCAAUUAUCUAUGA